AUGCACAAAAUUAGUGCUGUCACCAUCAUCAACAGACAAGAUGGUAAACAUUUAUGGCUUCAGGGGGCGGAGAUCAAGAUUCGGAACACCCUGUCAUCCUUUGCCUUCACAUUGCACACAUGUGGUACUGUCCCAAAAGUAGUGGAUUCAAGAGAGCACACCUUCAUAUGUGGAGACGUGGAAGGUCGUUACGUCACGGUGACAAUUCCAAAACUCUGGCAGAUUCUGUCACUCUGUGAAGUGCAGGUGUUUGCUUCUCCCACAGUGCCAGAAGUAAUCACUCCAUCUCUGCCUACGCCUCCGCCUCCUCCCAGUGUGGGUAAACUGCUGGGUGGCAGGAAUGUGAUGGUGGUGGGAGAGAGGCUCUGCUGGUCCGAUGCUCUGUUCUUCUGUAGACGCCACCACUGGGACCUGCUUCGCCUCCGCAGCCUGGAAGAGCAGAGAGAGGUGGAGCAGCUGCUGAUCACCAGUCCUUUCCCCCUCACACACCAUGUUUGGCUGGGGUUGCGCAGAUACAUAAUGGGCGACAGAUGGUUCUGGAUGUCUGGCGAGUCAAUGAAAUUCAAACAUUGGAGGCGUGAUACUGCCCCUCACCGUUACGCCAGCUCUUGUGGAGGCAUGGCCGGAGGAGAGCCCUACCUGUGGGGGGACCGGCCCUGUGGCGAGCACCUCAAUUUCAUCUGCCAAUCAGGUGCCGAGGUGGGAGCACAGCGAGUGCAGUUCUACAGCUUCAACAAAGCCACAAGUCAGGCGACUUAG